AUGCUUAAUAAUGAUGACUUUUAUUAUGCUAGUGAAAUACAUGAAGAUAAUUCAUCAACAUAAUCCGCUUAUAGUUGUUGUAUUGCCUUUUUGUGUAUGCUAUGUGGUUAUGUGUUAUUGUAAACAAAUUAUUACAUAGAAGGGUAAAUUGAUAAUUUGAACUAGUAAGUCAAAUCCAUAUUAUUAUUAAUGUACAAUGACUUUGCCAUUAACUUACUUUUGUGGAGUGGCAUUUUUUAUAGCUGCUGCUGUGAGAUUUGUAUUUUUAAUCGUUUUUUGUUUACAAUCAGAAAAAUAAUAACCACAUUCUAGUCUAUUUCAUAAAAAAGUAAAACAUUCUGAAAUAAUGAUUGCAAUGGCGUAAAUAUUAUAAUUUAAUUAAUUAGAUUUUUCUUUUUUGGUUCUUUCAUUCUAAUGGUGAAAGAGUAAUGUUAUGAAUUGACUGUUGCUCUACUUUUUGUAUUAAUUUUAACAGCUUUCAUGAUUCUACAAAUAUGUUGUUAUGAUAUUGAUGAUGAUGAAGUGAUAUGUGAAGAAAUACUUGAUUAUUGA